AUGUUUGCCGACGAUUACCUGGAAGUCCGUGGUAUUGGCGAUCCGAACAAGUUUCUCGCCGGCGUCGAUAAACAAAACCCUCGACCUGCAUUUUCGCACCGUGAUGCUGGAUCACAGCUUUAUCCGGGCCUGACCCACGCGAACCUCUGCGAGCACCUUACAGCGGACACCCUGCGUCAGCCGGGUUGGUUGGAUCACCCGAACGGUGUCAUCGCAUUUGGUCGCCUGGUUGGUGUGGUGACUGACUUUGAUGCCGCUGGAAGCUGCGUACAACAAGCUCCUGGGGCAGAGAACGUUCGUCGCGAAUCCGAUCGUAUUUGGCUGAAUUUCGGUGAGGGCGCUGAUAUCGAACUGAUCACUCCUGCCGAAUCCGCACAGCGUGGCGAUGCCGACUCUGCGUGGCGAGGCUUACCUGGCUGCAACAUUAGUGGU